AGGCGGCGGAGGCCAGGGAGGAAGAUGUCGUAAUGAGCGAUCCACACACCAGCAUGGCUGCCACUGCCGCUGUCAGCCCCAGUGACUACCUGCAGCCCGCUGCCCCCACCACCCAGGACUCCCAGCCUUCUCCUCUAGCCCUGCUUGCGGCAACAUGUAGCAAAAUUGGCCCCCCGGCUGUUGAAGCUGCUGUGACCCCGCCCGCUCCGCCCCAGCCCACACCUCGGAAACUCGUUCCUAUCAAACCUGCCCCUUUCCCGCUCAGUCUCGGCAAGAAUAGCUUUGGAAUCUUGUCUUCCAAAGGAAACAUACUUCAGAUUCAGGGGUCCCAGCUGAGCACGUCCUAUCCCGGAGGGCAGCUGGUGUUUGCGAUCCAGAACCCCGGCAUGCUCAACAAGGGGAGCCGCUCCAGUGCCAGCAUCCAGUACCAGGCCGUCCCCCAGAUCCAGGCAAGCAGUUCCCCGACCAUCCAAGUGCAGCCCAGUCUCACCAACCAGAUCCAGAUCAUCCCUGGUACCAACCAAGCCAUCAUCACCCCCUCACCGUCCAGCCACAAGCCCGUCCCCAUCAAGCCGGCCCCCGUCCAGAAGUCCAGCACGGUCACCACCCCCGUGCCGAGCGGAGCCAACGUGGUGAAGCUGACGGGUGGGGGCAGCAACGUGACAUUGACUCUGCCGGUCAACAACCUUGUGAACACCAGUGACCCCGGAGCCACGGCCCAGCUCCUCACAGAGAGCCCUCCCACCCCGCUGUCCAAGACAAACAAGAAAGCUCGGAAGAAGAGCCUUUCGGCCUCCCAGGCCCCCGUGGCCGUGGCGGAGCAGGUGGAGACGGUGCUGAUCGAGACCACGGCAGACAACAUCAUCCAGGCCGGAAACAACCUGCUCAUCGUGCAGAGCCCUGGGGCCGGCCAGCCGGCCGUGGUCCAGCAGGUCCAGGUGGUUCCCCCCAAGGCUGAGCAGCAGCAGGUGGUGCAGAUCCCCCAGCAGGCCCUGCGGGUGGUGCAGGCAGCCUCCGCCACCCUCCCCACAGUGCCCCAGAAGCCCUCCCAGAACUUUCAGAUCCAGGCGGCUGAGCAGACGCCUACUCAGGUCUACAUCCGCACGCCGUCCGGUGAGGUACAGACGGUCCUUGUCCAGGACAGCCCCCCAGCCACAGCUGUGACCACCUCCACCACCACCGGUAACAGCCCCGUGGCCCGGGCUCCCCACAUCAGUGGGAGCAGCAAAAAGCAUUCAGCUGCCAUCCUCCGAAAAGAGCGGCCCCUGCCAAAGAUCGCUCCUGCCGGGAGCAUCAUCAGCCUGAACGCGGCCCAGCUGGCAGCCGCCGCCCAGGCCAUGCAGACCAUUAACAUCAACGGCGUCCAGGUGCAGGGCGUGCCUGUCACCAUCACCAAUACCGGCGGGCAGCAGCAGCUGACUGUGCAGAACGUCUCUGGGAACAACCUGACCAUCAGCGGGCUGAGCCCCACCCAGAUCCAGCUGCAGAUGGAGCAGGCCCUGGCCGGGGAGGCUCCCCCCGGAGAGAAGCGCCGCCGCAUGGCCUGCACGUGCCCCAACUGCAAAGACGGGGAGAAGAGGUCUGGCGAGCAGGGCAAGAAGAAGCACGUGUGCCACAUCCCUGACUGCGGCAAAACGUUCCGCAAGACGUCUCUGCUGCGUGCGCACGUGCGCCUGCACACUGGCGAGCGGCCCUUCGUCUGCAACUGGUUCUUCUGUGGAAAGAGGUUCACUCGGAGCGACGAGUUACAGAGGCACGCCCGCACGCACACAGGGGACAAACGCUUCGAGUGCGCCCAGUGUCAGAAGCGCUUCAUGCGGAGUGACCACCUCACCAAGCAUUACAAGACCCACCUGGUCACGAAGAACUUGUAAGGCCCCGAAGACACAGCCCCCAGUCAGCGUCCUGUCUGGGCCCCUGGCAGAAAGGUGGCCCCUGGCCCUCUGGGCCCUCGCUCAGCCCUCCCUCUAGUCCUGCGACUGUGGCCCACAGGAAGGGCUCUGCUGCCCCCAUCCCCUCCUCCUGAAGCCCCCUGCCUCCGGCCCAGCCCUGCCCUCCCCACCACAAGCUCCCGGCCCAUGGCCGUGCCCAAUGAGACGUUCUAAACCAGGACGAGUGGGACCCCUUAUUUCCAAAGGAAAAACCGUGAAUUUCACUCCCUCGAGGAGCAAAGUGAGCCCCCCCGCCACCCGAUCCCCUCCUUUUCCCAACACUGUCUGGGUGACCUAGAGCCUGAGUCGCCCUGUGCCAUGCCCCGCCCUGCCCCUCCCCUGUGCCUCCCUAGCCCCACCAGACAAGGCGGUCACCCCGGGCCCCGCACCCCCAGUUCCCCCUGGCACCCCCCUCUGGGGAGACUCCGGAGGCCGCCUCCACUCCACACGCCCCCAGCCCCUGCCACAACUCCUCCAGCACAUUCCAACUUUCUAUUUAAAACAUAAAGACCCCCAUGGACUCCUCCCGUUUUUCUACGGAGAACGUUGCCUUAUACUCUCUUUGAUGAACACUGUGUACUGUGUGCGCUUGACAGAGUUAGUUUAACGCUCCCCUCCGCUCCCCGUUGAGGGCUGGGCUCUUCACUUCCUCACUUGCAAUUCUCAUUUGUCAGCCACUCAGCAUUUCGACUCUGGACUCUGAUCAGAACGCUCUCACACACUGACCCGCCUCCCUUGCCCUCGCUCCACUGUGUACAGUGUAUAUUGUAUAAUAGGCAAUUGUGUCUACUACAUGUUUUAAAAACAUAUUGCUUGUUAUUUUUGAGGCUUUUAAAUUAAACAAAAAAUCCAAUUU